CUGUAUAGGCUUCCAAUUGGACUGCUUUUAAAAACUACAACUAAUACCUGCAAUAUGUUCUUUUUUUGAUUUUGAUCGUUAGUAUCUAGUUUGAUGUUUUUUCCCAGAUUAGGUACUUAUGCCAUUUAUUAGUUUCUCUUUGUGUAUUUGUUCAAUUCUAACUUUGAUAUCUAUUGGGCCUUUUCUUACCAUUCUAUAAAAUGUACUUUGGUAACUCCUGAUGUAUGGUUUAAUAUGUUUAUUUCAGCCUUCCAAUGAUACUGCCCUCUUGUUUAUAAAAAUUCAUUCAAUUGUGCUGGAAUAUGUAUAUCAAGUUCUUUGUGACAGUGGUUUAGGAUGAUUUAAAUUCUGGAUUGCAGUUUUCUUAUGUUCCUUUCAGUGCAUGAUUAUUUAAAUAGCUUGGUUUUUUAUUAUAACAAUAUUGCAGUAAAAGCAAGAAGUGUGCAACAUCUCUUAGGACUUGCAAUAUCUGUGGAACUGAGAGAUGCCUCUUAAUAAUGUAAAGGCUUAUGACAGGCAACCCUUUAGCAACAAAUACUCAGAGAGUAGUUUAGUCCGUUCAGCAUCAAAUUGUGUAGAUAAUUGCGCAUCCUGGUUGAAUUCAAGUGGUUCAAGCUUUCCACAAUCAUCUUAUUUCACAAACAUAUAUAUGAACAUGGACUUCCUGGCACAACAUGGUAAUCAGAUAAAGCAACUGGGUGGCCAAAUCCCUGACCAGGACUCAUCGUCAACUCAAUCAACUGGUCAAUCUCAUCAAGAAGUGUCUGGAACAAGUGAAGGCAACCUUCAUGAGCAGCGUGUUUCAGCGCAAGCUGGUAAUGCUAAUACAUGUGGAAAGCGGGUUGAGGGUCACAUGAACUCAGGUUUAUCUCUGGGGAAUCCAGAAGCUGCCUUUGUACCUCCAAGACCCGAUUAUAGCCGGCCUUUUGCUUGCGUUCCUUACCCUUAUGCUGAUCCAAGCUUCGUUGGCAUGCUGGCUGCGUAUGGGUCACAUGCAAUUAUUCAUCCCCAAAUGAUGGGAAUGGCACCUUCUUCUCGUGUUCCAUUGCCUCUUGAGCCUGCAGCGGAGGAACCCAUUUAUGUCAAUGCAAAACAAUACCGUGCAAUACUACGAAGGAGGCAGCUGCGUGCAAAGUUGGAGGCUCAAAAUAAACUCGUCAAAGUUCGAAAGCCAUACCUUCAUGAGUCUCGGCAUCUUCAUGCAAUGAAAAGAGCAAGGGGAUCUGGUGGGCGCUUCCUAAAUAUAAAUCAACUCCAGCAGCAGCAGCAGCAGCUCCAACCUUCCGUUACCACAGGUCUUGAGAAUGUCUCAGGCUCUAAUCUCCACUCUGAAAAUGGUCCUGUUGGUUCGUCUGCCACUCCUACGAGCUCCGAUGUCACAAGUGUUUCCACCAGCGGAGGCAUGCUGUUAGGACAGCAGGAUCACCUCGGCUUCUUGUCCGCUGAUUUCCGCUCCCAUGUCAGAGGGAGUUCUCAAGGUGGUGGCGGCAUGAUAGGCAACGGAUCCCAACCUCGGAUUACCAUCAUGCAGUAAACAAUAGGAAUUGGCUCGAUGGUGUUUCCCUGGCAAUUCAUCCUUGGCUUAUGAUAUUUCAUCAGAAAUGCUUUAUUUUCCAAUGCUAGCAAAACUCGAUAGGACUCCAAAACUGAACCUUCACAUUGUAAUUUAAGUGCUUGACAUGUUUUGGUUGUUUAUGGAUAAAUAGAUGCUGAGUUCCUCAGAUUUUAUCCUUCAAUGUUUAGAACAACAUGUGGAAUUGUAUCCUCUAAAUAUUAGAUUUUCUCUCA